GGGAAUUAACUUCUGUAGAAUUUGCACAUUGUUUAAGCCACAGAGCAGCCCACAGUAUACAGCCUACAGUAAAAUGUGGAGUGACAGUGUAACAUUUAACACCGUUAUAACACAGACUGUGUGUGAGUGUCAGCUUCAUGCAGCUGAGUCACACUCAGUGAGACACCAAAUCGGGAACACACAGCUGGAAGUGUGGCGGUGGUCGGCUGAAGAGCAGCAGAUUUUCAAUGAAGCAGGACAGAGACAACUGCCCUGAAUGGGGCCGUCACUUCAGGUGUCAGGUGUGGUACGGGGUCGUUGAACGGUUAAUGCACAGAGUAAAGAGGCUAAAAAUUGAAGACAAAACAGAAGACAGCCAGGAAAGCAUCAGACAGGCACUGGCAGGCAUGACGGGGGUGGACGAGCUCACGGACAGCACGGAGGUGGUGGAGAUGGAAGAUGUGAAUCCCACCCAGUUUCAGGUGGAGAAGCAUACAUGGGAUGGCCUGCGGAAGAUCAUCCACAACAGCCGCAAGAACACAGGCAUGGUUAUCAACAAGGCGCCACAUGACUUCCAGUUCAUCCACAAGGAUGAGACCAGUCCGCAUUCCCAUCGCAUCUAUUAUCUUGGAAUGCCUUACGCCAGUAGGGAAAAUGCUCUACUCUACUCAGACAUUCCCAAGAAGGUUCGCAAAGACGCUCUUUUGGUUUUGUCAUGGAAAAAGAUGCUUGAUCGCUUUCAGGCCAGCCCUCACCACGGGGGCAUCUCGCGAGAGGAAGAGCUGCUGCGGGAGAGGAAACGUUUGGGGGUGUCUGGCAUCACCUCCUAUGAUUACCACCGACCCAGUGGCCUCAUCUUGUUCCAGGCCAACAGCAGUCUGUACUACUGCCGUGACGGUGGAAACAACAGCUUCAUUACUUCUCCCAUGGAUCCUGUCGAGAUUAAGAGCCAGGGUUCAGGCACACGCAUGGACCCCAAAAUCUGCCCCGGGGACCCCAACUUCAUAGGCUUCGUCAACAACAACGACAUUUGGGUGACGAGCAUUGAGACGGGGGAAGAGAGGAGGCUCACCUUCUGCCAUAAAGGCAUUGACAACCCAAAAGAGGAUCCCAAAUCUGCCGGAAUAGCCACUUUUGUCACGCAGGAAGAGUUUGACCGUUUCACUGGAUACUGGUGGUCACCAGCUGCUCGUGAAGAAUCAGAUGGUGGUAAGACUCUGCAGAUUCUGUAUGAGGAGGUGGACGAGUCUGAGGUUGAGAUCAUUCAUGUUCCAUCUCCGGCCUUGGAGGAGCGCAAGACCGACAUCUACAGAUACCCACGCGCAGGCAGCAAGAAUCCUGAUAUUACUCUCAAAAUAGCAGAAAUCAGGACCGACAAUCUCGGCAAAAUUGUCAGCACACAGGAAAAGGAGUUGCCUGUUCCCUUCACUAGCCUGUUCCCUGGGGCCGAAUACAUUACCAGAGCCGGAUGGACAAAAGACGGACGAUAUGCUUGGGCAGUCAUGAUGGAGCGACGGCAGCAGCAUCUCCAGUUGGUCCUACUGCCUCCAGCGUUCUUCAUCCCUGCAAAUCAGGACGAGGCCAGCAGGCAGAAGAGCCUGGAGGCCCUUGGAGACAAUGUACAGCCCUUCAUCAUCUACGAAGAGACCAGCGACAUCUGGAUCAAUGUGCACGACAUCUUCCACCCGUUCAUCCAAACCAGGGAUGAUGAGAUCAGCUUCAUAGCAGUAAAUGAAUCAAAAACAUGUUUCUGCCACCUGUAUAAAAUCACCACAGUGUUACAGCAGGGCAGCUACAACUGGGCCAAAGGCUACACACACUCUGAAGAUGAUUUCAAAUGUCCAGUCAAAGAGGAGGUGACCAUAACAAGUGGGGAGUGGGAGGUGCUGGCCAAUCACGGAUCAAAGCGUUCGUCCAGUCCUCAGAUUUGGGUGGACGAGGCAGCAAAGUUGGUUUACUUCCAGGGAACUAAAGACUCUCCUCUGGAGCACCACCUUUAUGUUGUGAGCUACGACUCGCCAGGUGAAAUCGUCCGACUCACCAAACCCGGCUUCUCCCACAGCUGCUCAAUGAGUCAGACCUUUGACAUGUUUGUCAGCCAUUACAGCAGCUUGACCACAGCACCCUGUGUGCAUAUCUACAAGCUACAGGGCUCAGACGAUGACCCGCUGCACAAAGAGCCUCAGUUCUGGGCGAGCAUGAUGGAGUCCUCUGGUUCCCCUUUUGACUGCACUCCUCCAGAGAUCUUUAGCUUCACUGGGAAGUCGGGCUUUGAGCUGUACGGCAUGUUGUACAAACCAGAAAAAUUGGUCCCUGGCAAGAAGCAUCCCACCGUUGUCUUUGUCUACGGCGGUCCGCAGGUCCAGUUAGUGAAUAACUCAUAUAAAGGAGUAAAGUACCUGCGGCUGAGCACGCUGGCGGCUCUGGGCUACGCUGUGCUGGUCAUCGAUGGACGAGGCUCCUGUCAGCGGGGACUGAAGUUUGAAGGAGCUGUGAAAGACAAAAUGGGUCAGGUGGAGAUUGAAGACCAGGUGGAGGGUUUGCACUACGUUGCAGACAAGUACAAGUUUGUGGACCUGAGUCGUGUUGCCAUCCAUGGCUGGUCGUACGGAGGCUUCCUCUCCCUUAUGGGCCUCAUCCACAAGCCUGAUAGCUUCAAGGUUGCCAUUGCAGGAGCUCCGGUGACGUUGUGGAUGGCCUACGAUACCGGCUACACUGAGCGAUAUUUGGACACGCCUGAGAAAAACCAGAAGGGAUAUGAGGCUUGUUCAGUCGCCCUGCAUGUUGACAAACUCCCCACCGAGCCCAACAGAUUGCUGAUCCUGCAUGGAUUUCUAGAUGAGAAUGUGCACUUUUUCCACACCAACUUUUUGGUAUCUCAACUCAUCCGGGCAGGGAAGCCAUACAACCUGCAGGUUUAUCCCAACGAGCGGCACAGCAUCCGAUGUCCAGAGUCUGGAGAACAUUAUGAGAUUACGCUGCUGCACUUCCUCCAACAAAACCUCUGAUAAGCCUUUCCACACAUUGAUACUUCCUUUCCUCGCUUCCUAACCUCCUCUCCUUAUCUACUCUUUCCCUUUCCUCCAUUUAUUUAAACCUUCUCCUUUCACUUGUUUUUAUGAUGCGCUGAAUUCAAGCUUUGCCAAACCGCAUCACACCUCGAAUUGUUUCAUCAGUCUUAAAGGUGCUGAAGCAUUUUAGCGUCAAUAAUCACAAGAUUAUUAUUCCGAUUUUAGUAUAAUUACCAUAAAUGAGUUCGUCCCUGAGAGAAAGAAGACUUAUAGUUUUUACACUGCAUUUUACAGUGGGAAGUCUGCUGGAUUGCUUUAAGCCCCAAAACAUCCUAAGCAUCCUUUGUCCUGGAAAAAUGGCUCUAAAGCUUUCUGAGCUUGUAGUGAUGGCAGGCAAAAAACAUCACAAUGCGACUAUGAUGCUUAAAAUGCUGCUCGCUGCACCAUUAACAGAACUUUUUCAGCAAUGCAAAAAACUACAGAAGUGGACCUGCCGUGCUCGGUUUUCACUUUUUUUGUGCCAUUCCUUUUUCUUUUUUUUAAAUUUUUUUUAAAUGAACUCUUGUAUUUGUACUUUGUUUUUCCGGGACUUGUCUGAUAAAGUUAUCAUUUUUCCAUGUCUGUGAAUAAACACUGGAGUGAAGUUUGUAAACAUAAAGUUCUAUAAGAGCAUACACGCAAGCUCUUAACCCCCUUGUUGUAUACUCUGUGCCCACAUGCUAUUAUAGAUGACUUUUUAUGUGCUUUCCCACACACACACAAGCUGAUCUACUAGAGAAAAAAAAGUCACAGGCCACAUUUUUAUUGUGUAUUGUUAACAAACAUAUUUUUAUGGAUUCUUAUGCACUCAUUAAGGUGGAAAUAUGUAGCGACAUGUUUCUGUUUCACUCACUUGCUUGCUUUAAUCUUUCCGGGAAACUUCUUUUUCUUCUGCUGCUGAGGACUUUUGCACAUAUUACGUAUAUUUGCCUUGGUGCCAACAAACUGACCUGUAAGAUGAUGUAUGACACAACUGUUGGCAGUCUGAGGUGCCUUGCAAGAGUUUUUAGAGCGCCUGCUCAUCCAGUAUAUAUCAGGGAAUCCUACGACGAUGAAAUGCCUUGUUACGUGUGUGUCUGAUGACUAUCUGUAAGAUGAGCUACCAUAACCUGUUCAUGGUUUAAUGUACUCCAAGAUAUUGAAGAAAUAAACAGAAGUGAACAAUCUUGUUUU